CCAGAAGCGACCAAAAUAAUGCUGUGUAGUGCAUCCGCGAACUAAAUCACCAUGGUCUGCGAGGACAAACUCUUCUUCAACAAGGCAGUGCAGCACCUGGCUCGCUCCCUAGCGCGCAUUAAAGACCUGCAAUGGGAAAAGCUAAACGCGUUAUUCUCCCUAUGCCCGGAGGAGCCCUCCUGCGGCUCGCUCUUCAAAAUCAGCGUGCGUCAUCAAGAUGCCAUCAUCGCGCUUGGCAUCUAUCUACUGGAAUCAGACCUGCAACAUAAAGAAAAAAUCAUCCCGUAUCUACUAAACCUCGCCAAGCGCCUCAAUCGCUCAUGGCUGGAAGAGAACAAAGUGAACAUCAUUGGGCGUAUACCCGUCGCUGAAAAAUUCAGCUUCUCUCUGCACACACUGCUCUCAGACAUCGCCGCGCGUUGUCCUGAAGAAAAAGACACAAUCAUUUCCACACAGAUUGAAUGCUUGGAGCAGCUGACACAAAACAUCCUCACACUGCAUGAACAACCAACAAAUUCAAGCUCGACGAAAUUAUUCCUGUGCAGAAACACAGUUCCAUACCUACUUGGACUUGCAAGAGCAAUUGGGCGCUUCUCACUCAACAAUCCAUCGUAUAUUUGCCGACUGUAUCCAAAACCCGACCCGCCAAUCAUACCAGCACCAAACAACACCCCGCAGAAGCCGAUUUAUCAGAGAAGUUUCAGUAACUUCCGCCCGAUUAUUCCACGCUCGUUAUCGCUGAAUGAAAACGCAAAUAUGUACGAAGAUAAUCGCUUUCUUGGCCUGGAUCAGAACUGCGAUGUGAAGACGUAUUUCUUCUGCAAGUUCGGCUCGAGUUUCCAUCAGUUUCAGAAUUUACGACUGAGUGAUGCUCAUGAUUAUCGCGACCGGAUGAUUUUAUUAAGCCUGGAUCACCUGCAGGCGAUUCUCGCGAUGGCGAAGAAGUUACUCACCAAAGACAUGCUCGCGUUUCUGGAUGAACAAUCCAGCGAGAUUUAUUCCACCGAGAAAAUCAUCACGUUUCCGUAUAAAACCUUCUCGGAGACGAUUAAUUUAGUGAUGGUUACACUGUUGAGGGAAUUACUGCAGCCGCAGAAGGAUUUACCGGUGCCCUUCACCAAGGACGUGCAGGAAUUUGUUAAAGGAUUAUUCCUGAAUGGUCAGACUGAAUUGCAAAGUCGUAAUCAUGACGCAAGUGAACGUGAGGAUCGCGAAAGUAAUUACGCACUGGUUAAUAAGUUUAAAGUCAACGUAAUGGCGAACGCAGCGUGUGUAGACUUACUUGUUUGGGCGAUCGGCGACGAGACAGUCGAUGCUGAGUACAAUUUCUCCACACUCUCACAUGCUCUCAAUAUUAUUUUAGGUGCUGAUAGCCUCUGUGGACGUCUCUCAGAGAAGAUAAACUCAACGCAUGGACAUAAACUUGUCCUUGCGCAUAUGCCACUCCUGAUGGUAUGUCUUGAAGGCCUUGGAAAACUCGCCCAGAAGUUUCCUAACAUCGCCUCGACGUCCAUCUAUUGCCUGCGUGAUUUCCUAAUCACUCCAUCGCCUAUUCUGCAAAAACUACACAAACAAAUCGCGGAGAAGAACGAGAAGAAGAACAGUAAUAAACUGUCCGUUACACCUGCUAUCACACCACGUGAUAACAACCAAUACAAAACAAUCACACCCGCUCAGACAGCGUUUGAUAAACUCCGGGAUGCAGCGAUUGAAAAUUUAUGCUUCGCGUUAGACGCCGCAUUCGCACUGGAUCCGAAUGUAGUGCGUGCAUUGGUUGCAGCUGUGUCUAAUCGCAUCUUCACCGCUGAGAAAUCCAACGGGGAAAGCUCACUGAUCUCCACCAAUAUCGUCUUUAUGCUGGGACACGUCGCAGUGAGCAUGAAAGCCGUCCCGCGGACAACCGACACCAUCCUGCAGUUCUUCCAGCAGAGAUUCUGCCGUGUACCAUCCCCAUUGGACAUCCUAAUUGUCGACCAGCUUGGGUGCAUUGUAAUCGCCCAGUGCGAGCAGCACAUUUAUGAAAUCAUCAUGAAAAUGUUCACGAUGAUCACCGUAGACUCAAGCAGCGCCACAUACAGCGAGAAUUCCAUGGAAAAGGCGCAGUAUACGCAUGUAUCACGUGCUGUAAUCAAUGCAUUAGCGAAUAUUGCUGAAAAUAUACAAGUUGACUCACUUAAUAGUCUCCUGGUUACACUUCUAGAGUUGUUUGUCUCCCUGGGGUUGGAAGGUAAACGCGCGAGUGAGAAAUCACCCGGAGCUACAAAAGCAUCCAGCUCUGCGGGGAAUCUAGGCGUGUUGAUUCCUGUCAUCGCUGUUUUAUUGAGGAGGAUGCCUAGUAUCCGCAAUCCCAAACCUAGAUUACAUAAGUUAUUCAGAGAUUUCUGGUUGUAUUGUGUGAUUAUGGGAUUCACAGCGGCGGAUAGUGGAUUAUGGCCAGUGGAAUGGUAUGAAGGGGUUAAGGAAAUCGCUAUAAAAACACCCGCAUUAGUUUCACAGACAUCCAGCCGGUCUGAAAUGAGAGGAUUGCAAUAUACCUCCGCAGUGCGCAAUGAAAGUGUUAGUAUUAAUGAACUACACGAGCUACGCACACAAAUCUUAGACCUGCUUAGAGGUGCAACUGAUGUCUCCGCACAUGUAAACAAACUUAGUUUUGCUGAAUGCAGUUUUCUACUUAGUGUCUACUGGGUAGAAACUCUAAGGAUAACUAAUUCAGACGGGCCAAAUCUACAGAUUAUUAUCAUAGAAUAUCUGAGUGAUUCGGCGCUGCAGAAAGAUAAGAACGGCAUGUGGAAUUGCGUGUCGUCUGUCGGCGAGAAAGUCUUCGAUAAAUUCCUACAAGUUAUGAAAAACAAACCAAAGGAUCAAGCAAGAGAGAGUGAUCUUGAGGAACACGCACAAUUCCUCCUUGUGAAUUUCAACAAUCCACAAAAACAAAUCCGUAGAGUUGCAGAUAAAUUCCUAUCGUUACUGAUCGAUAAAUUCCCACAUCUACUCUGGAAUAAACGAGUCCUAUGGACAACAUUGGACAUCCUACAAGUAUUAUGCUACUCACUACAGUUAGAUCCCAAUCAAGAGAAUCCCAUACUAGAUAUCCCUAAAACAAGCUGGUCUAUACAAUUGAUGGAUACCCUGGAAGCUCGUGAAAGCAUCGUGAAAGAUUUCGCUGCGAAUUCCGAACGUAUUCUAAAAGAAGCUAUGAAAUGGGAACCGCACUGGACCCGGUCACAUAUACAAGAAUACAUAAAUCUUAUGCAAGCACAGGGGACCUAUGAAGGGUCACAUGCAGGAUUAUCACUUGCAUUGGAGUGCGUGCAACAGCAUGGUCCUAACAAUCAACAAUGUGUUAGUCUAACAGUAGGCAUGCUGGACAAGAGACCCAAGUGCGUCAAGAAUGACGUAUCGAAGUUCGUGAGUUACUUAACACUGAGAUCCAAAUACGCGGGGGAAUUGAAUGGGUUGAUGUCGUUUUGUGGCCAGGAGAAUAUCCGUGACAUGACCGGGAGAUUAUUAGAACGUGUAUGGCAAUCAUGCAAGGAUAAAGACGUAGAUGGUCAUCGAGAAGCCCUGUGGAGAUCCACAGCUAUGUUAAUCACCACCCCGGAACUCAAUCGUAGUCUACUGCAUUGUAUAGCGUCUAGUCAAGUGGAAUUAUUCAAUGUGGAAGCAAUGACCACGGCGGUAGCAUGCUGGCAGUGGUUGAUAACAGCGCGUCAAGAUGUCGAGUUGAGAUUUUUACAGGAAAUGGUCAGUGCGUGGACUUACACUGUACAAAAACGUAUGGGGUUGUUUUCUGUACCGGCGGAGGAAGUGUCCCCACUGGCGUAUUCCGAAGGGAGUAAUUUGGAACCGCAGCCGCCAUUUGUGAAACCACACGCGGUGUGGGUGCAGUUUAUCUGCGAGAUGAUCGAGACUGCCAAGUAUAGCAGUUAUGAAAAAGUCGAGAUGUUAGCCACAUUGAUCCAUCGAUCAUUGGCGAUGAAUGUCGGCGCGUCUAGUCCAUGUCAAACACGGGAUGUGGCCGCUGUCGGCGUGCGAUUCAAACUAUUACAAUGUGGAUUAUCUCUGUUGCAAGGUGAUAUCUUACCGAAGAGUUUAGCGAAGAAUGUGCUACGUGAGCGGAUCUACUGUAGUUGCUUGGAUUAUUUCUGCAGGCCGGUGAGAUGCCCCACGCAGAAUGUGAGUGAAUUACGCGAGGAUAUUUGCACGCUUGUGAGAUUCUGGCAGACGAUGCAUUCGGAUAAGAAGUAUUUGAAAGUGAGCGAUGUUGGAGAUUUAGAUUUAGGCACGUCGGCGCCCUUCAGCUCAAUCCAAACCGUCGAGAUGGCCAAACCCAAUGAGUUACGAGGCACCGCCGGAUGGAUAAACACCGUACCAUUAUCAACAAGCACGAAUACGCUGAGUAAAAGAUCAGCGAAGAGUAAACGCGUACCGUUGGCGGAUAAUUUCGUGCGGUGUUAUAUCAAGAAGCGCAAUUUGAUUCUGGAGUUGUUAGCAGUCGAGAUUGAUUUUAUGAUUGUGUGGCACAAUCCAGGCAGUCGAGUGGAGUUGCAUUUACCCGGUGAGGAUAGUUUGGCGGCGUGGAGGGCCAAGACAUUGACAGAGAAACAAUGGCAGGAUUAUACAAGGCUUGCGUGGGAUAUCUCACCGGUGCUGGCAGUUUAUCUACCGGAUAGGUUGAAGAGUAAUGAUUCGAUCAUUAAUGAAAUCAAGCAUCAGAUUAUGCAGAAUCCGGUUGCGGUGCAGCAUAUUCCCGAAGCGCUGCAGUAUUUUGCGACUACAGAUGCUAUUUUGUCGGAUAUACCGAAAUUGGUUUAUAUGCUGACAUGGGCCAAGUUAACACCGAUUCAGGCGUUGGCAUUCUUCUCGCGACAAUUCCCCCCGCAUCCAAUAACAUCGCAGUAUGCUGUGAAGUCGUUGACAUCCUACCCGAGCGACGCAGUCUUAUUCUACAUUCCACAACUUGUCCAAGCCCUACGACAUGAUAACAUGGGUUAUGUAACUGAGUACAUAAAAUACGUAGCGCAGAAAUCCCAAAUCGUCGCGCAUCAACUCAUCUGGAACAUGAAAACCAACAUGUACAUGGACGAGGAAAUGCAACAGAAGGACACAGUACUCUACGACAUGCUUGAAGCACUCACCAAUAGUAUUAUCUCGAAUCUCUCCGGACCAGCGCAGCAGUUCUACGAGCGCGAGUUUGAUUUCUUCGAGAAGAUCACCAACAUCUCCGGCGAGAUUCGACCCUUCCCAAAAGGCGCCGAACGCAAACGCGCAUGCCUGGAGGCAUUGAGUCGUAUCAACGUACAACCAGGUUGUUACCUGCCUAGUAAUCCCGAAGCCAUGGUGGUGGAUAUUGACUACAAGAGCGGUACACCAAUGCAAAGCGCAGCGAAAGCACCGUAUCUAGCGAGGUUUAAAGUACAGAGGUACGGGAUAAAUGAACUGGAACAGGUGGCGAUGGCAUUCUCGCAGAAUCGUGGUGUUGCUGAGGUAGCAACGCUGGGGCCGGAAAUGUGGCAGGCGGCCAUUUUUAAAGUCGGCGAUGAUGUCAGGCAGGAUAUGCUGGCGCUGCAAGUGAUUGGGAUAUUUAAGAAUGUCUUCCAGACGGUGGGGUUGGAUCUGUAUCUGUUUCCGUAUAGAGUUGUAGCUACCGCACCAGGGUGUGGUGUGAUUGAAUGCGUGCCCAACGCGAAAUCCAGAGAUCAAUUAGGAAGACAAACAGAUUUAGGCAUGUAUGAUUACUUCCUGAAGAAGUAUGGUGAUGAAGGAUCGCAGGAGUUUCAAUUAGCACGGCGGAAUUUCGUUAUUUCAAUGGCCGCCUACAGUGUGGUUGGAUUUCUGCUUCAGAUUAAAGACAGACACAACGGGAAUAUCAUGCUGGAUGGCGAGGGACACAUUAUACACAUUGACUUUGGCUUCAUGUUUGAAUCCUCCCCGGGUGGUAAUCUCGGUUUUGAGCCGGAUAUCAAGCUCACCGAAGAGAUGGUAACCAUCAUGGGAGGCAAGAUGGAAGCGCCCCCUUUCCGCUGGUUCUGCGAACUGUGUGUGCAAGCAUACCUAGCUGUGCGGCCGUAUCGUGAAGCGAUUGUAUCACUGGUCUCGUUGAUGCUGGAUACAGGAUUGCCGUGUUUCCGCGGGCAGACGAUCAAAUUACUACGCGCUCGCUUCCAGCCGAGUGUGAGCGAAAAGGAUGCGGCCAAUUACAUGCUCGCGAUCAUCCGCCAUAGUUUCCUCAACUUCCGCACGCGUACCUAUGACAUGAUUCAGUAUUAUCAGAAUCAAAUACCUUAUUAAUACCGUAAAAAAAGUUAUAACUUAUUACUAUCAUAUUACUAUCUUGUUGUUGUUGAUUUAUAGAAUUAGUUGAUUGAAUAAAAGUGGGAGCUCGAAAAA